UCCGGUCCAUACAGAAGACAGUGAAUACGUUGUGCUAUCAGCUCCAAACGCUUUAAUGCCACUGUUGCUGUUUUUUCAUGUGGAGAACAAAAGUGAUAAUGAUUUAAGAGAAGAAAAACCAUUAUAGCUGCUAAAAUAACGACAACAUUACAGGCGUCCACUUCGCGUUUCUCCGCCCUUCCCGGAAAACUGAAGCGAGUCGUCAUUAUUUUUAUUUCUUCAGGUGACGUGUAGUCGGAGCCCGUUUUCGUCUCCUACUUCUGUCAGUAGAAGUACUGAGUGUACAGAGACAAGCGGAGGGGAUCGUUUUUAGCGCACCUCUUCCAGGAUGUCCCCGGUGUUCGGCUGCAGCGUUCGGGCUUCUCGGUGAGCGCUAUCGGAGCCGAGCGGACCGUCGGGGCCUGGAGUCCGAGGAAUCCGGCGACCAGACUGGUUCAGUGGGUUCUGCAGCAUCGGGACGGAGGUGUCAGGGCGGUGUUGCACGUGGUGGAACUGGAUAGCUCCCUGGUGGCUACAGGAGGACGAUGGCAGUGCUCUGCUUCUUGAUCCUGGGCUUGUUCUCAGGCUGGGCAGCGAGCUACAAGAAGGGAGACAAUGUGACUCUUUACGUCAACAAAGUGGGCCCUUACCAUAAUCCUCAGGAGACGUAUCACUACUACACUCUGCCUGUUUGCAGACCAGAUAAGGUGCACCACAAGUCCCUGAGUCUGGGCGAAGUGCUGGACGGUGACCGAAUGGCUGAGUCUUUGUAUUUCAUCCGUUUCCAAGAGAACGUGGAGAGAAAAACUCUCUGCAAGCUCACGCUGUCGGAAAAACAGGUGGACGAGCUUCGUGAAGCCAUCGAGGAGCUGUACUACUUUGAAUUUGUCCUGGAUGAUAUUCCCAUCUGGGGCUUUGUGGGAUACAUUGAAGAGAGCGGCUUCCUGCCUCACAGCCACAAGGUGGGCUUGUGGACUCACCUAGACUUCAACAUCGAGUACAACGGCGACUCCGUGAUCUUUGCCAAUGUCUCAGUGAAGGACGUCAAGCCCUUUCCCUUGGAGGAGGGGGCGGGAGCAGCGGUGGGCGGGGUGGGUGUGGGCGGAGGCAGUCUGACGGUCACGCACACCUACAGCGUCCGCUGGUUCGAGUCCAACCUGCCUUCUGCUCGGAGAGCCGAGCGCCUUAGAGAUUACUCGUUCUUCCCGAAAACGCUGGAGAUCCACUGGUUGUCUAUCAUCAACUCGCUGGUGCUGGUGGUGCUGCUGCUGGGCUUCGUCAUUAUCAUCCUGAUGCGGGUCCUUAAAAAUGACUUUGCCAGGUACAAUGUGGAAGAGGAGGGCGGCUGCGAUGAUUUGGAUCAAGGAGACAACGGCUGGAAAAUCAUACACACUGAUGUUUUCAGAUUCCCGCCGUUUAAAAGCCUUUUGUGCGCUGUUCUCGGAGUUGGAGCUCAGUUCUUAACUCUGGCCACAGCCAUUAUCGUCAUGGCGUUGCUGGGAAUGUUCAACGUGCACCGGCACGGGGCCAUCAACUCGGCCGCCAUCGUGCUGUACGCGCUCACCAGCUGCGUGUCCGGCUACGUCUCGUGCAGUUUCUACACGCAGAUCAACGGGCAGCGCUGGGUGUGGAACAUCAUCCUCACAUCAUCUCUUUUCUCAGCUCCGCUCUUCUUCACUUGGAGCGUAGUGAACUCGGUCCACUGGUGGAGCGGCUCCACGCAGGCUCUGCCGGCCACCACCGUGCUCCUGCUGCUGGGCGCCUGGGUGCUGGUGGGCUUCCCCCUCACCGUCAUCGGCGGCAUCGUGGGGAAGAACCGAGCUGGCAACUUCCAGGCACCGUGCCGCACCCGCAACAUACCCCGGCAGAUCCCGCCGCAGCCCUGGUACAAACACACCAUCGUGCACAUGGCCAUUGGUGGCUUCCUGCCUUUCAGUGCCAUCUCAGUAGAACUCUACUACAUCUUCGCCACCGUUUGGGGCAGAGAACAUUACACCCUGUACGGCAUCCUGCUCUGCGUCUUCGCCAUCUUGCUCUCGGUGGGCGCCUGCAUCUCCGUCGCUCUGACCUACUUCCUGCUGUCGGGAGAGGACUACAGGUGGUGGUGGCGGAGCGUGCUGAGCACUGGAUCCACGGGCCUCUUCAUCUUCGUCUACUCCGUCUUCUACUACCGCAACCGCUCCUCCAUGAGCGGCCUGGUUCAAAGCUCCGAGUUCUUCGGAUACUCGCUGCUGACGGCGCUGGUGUUCACGCUGAUGCUGGGCAGCGUGUCGUUCUGGACCUCUCUGGCGUUCAUUCGCUACAUCUACCGCAGCCUGAAGAUGGAUUAAAUUCGAGACGGCCCCAAGACGAACCUUUUAAGCAAACAUAUUGACAGUGCGUUUUCUGUGACUCUAUGUCUCCUGUUGUAUUAAUGGGAGAAGAAAUAGGGGCCUUGAACUUCCCAUGAAGGGUUAGUAAUGAACUCAAAUAGCAUUUUUGUUUUUCAGCUGAACAAGGGAAACUUGGUGCAUCAGUGGGCAGAUGAAGGGACACGUGGAAGUGUGGGUUUUAGAAAGAAAGCAAGGUAUUUCACUUUAAGGGGAAGAUUGCUCUCAGUUUGCAUUAGGAAUACAACAUGCGACAUGUCUGAUGCAGUACGCUGGACCUUCUGGCAUAUUAACAAUGGGUUUUGACCAAAAUCUUAUUUGCUGCAUCUGCAGGCUAUUAAAAGUUCUAGUACAUCAAUAAUAUAAUGUAGAAUUGAUUAUGCAGCAGUGCAACUGAUACUUGCAGUGAAUAUUCCCAAACCCAUUAGGGAAAAAAAAAAGUCUAUUCAGAUGUUUUGCACCAAGUCUGUAGUUGUUUUUAUCCUGACAGUGGAUGGAAGAAAUUAUGCCUUGUAGAUUUAAGGAGUUUUUGCUAAUUGUUGGUGAAGGGGAGCAAUAUUGUAAUUGUAUUGUAUGGUCACCAUCAACUUUGGUUCUGAUGUAAAUACUUUUUUCAAUAAAGUGCUUUUUAAUACAACAAUGUA